AUGGCGGCCUCCGUGGCAGUACGCUCGAGCAUGGGGCUGACUUUCAGGCUUUCGCGAGUUUUACCAGACUGUAUUUUAUGUCCCUUGUCCAGGCUGAAGACGUACGCGUCUCAUUUACGGCGGAAGGACUCCGUGGACAGCUUUCGUACCAUCAAUAGAUACUUGCAGACGAGUAUAGGUUCGGACCCAAGUGAGGAAAGUAGCACUGACGAAGAGAACCAGGACCAAGUAGUCAAUGUGGUGUAUGUAGACCGGUCAGGCCAGAGGAUCCCAGUUAAAGCCAAAGUGGGAGACAAUAUUUUGUACUUGGCUCACAAGAAUGGAAUUGAGCUUGAAGGGGCGUGUGAGGCUUCGUUAGCCUGUUCAACAUGUCAUGUGUAUGUAAACAGAGAUUAUUUUGACAAACUUCCUGAGCCCCUUGAGAGGGAGGAUGACAUGCUGGACAUGGCGCCCAUGCUGCAGGAGAACUCCCGACUAGGGUGCCAGAUUAUCUUGACCCAAGAACUGGAGGGGAUGGAGGUGACUUUACCUAAAGUCACGAGGAACUUCUACGUGGACGGACAUGUUCCUAAACCUCAUUGA